AGCCUACCCCCCAGUUUUCCUAAGACUGUUACAAAGAUGUUUGAUAUAAAGACUUGGGCUGAGUAUAUUGUGGAAUGGGCUGCAAAAGACCCAUAUGGCUUCCUUACAACAGUUAUUUUGGCCCUUACUCCACUGUUCCUAACAAGUGAUGUACUGUCCUGGAAAUUGGCCAAGAUGAUUGAAGCCAGGGAGAAGGAGCAAAAGAAGAAACAAAAACAUCAAGAAAAUAUUGCAAAAGCUAGCCAACUGAAAAAGGACUGA